ACGGGUGAACAAGGAAGAUGGUGUGUUUGGCGAUCUCUCCGCCUUCACUGAUCAAUAAGGACAAAGUCUACAAUUUGACGUGAACCGGGCUGUUUUAUCUGCAUGGCCGGACUUCCUCGCUGAGAUGAGGCGCAGCGUUUGACUACGAAGCGUCAAAUACUGUACAAGACAAAAGAACGCCAUCGAUCCUGACACCUGGACACCUUUGUAGAGCUCUCAAAAGUUAAUCUCAAGGAACCGUUCGAGGAAGAAUCGAAGCCAGCAAAGAUGGCUAGUUGUGGCAUGCAAUGCAUGAAAUAUCUGCUCUUCGCGUUCAACUUUGUGUUUUGGAUCGCGGGGAUCGCUGUGAUGUCCGUGGGGAUCUGGACCCGAGUCAGCGCUAACGAAUACGCGUCCCUGAUGGGACAGAGCGGGUUCACGGCCGCCGCGAACAUCAUGAUAGCCGCAGGCGCUCUCGUCAUGUUCAUCGGCUUUGUUGGCUGCUGUGGCGCUGUCAAAGAAAACAAAUGCUUUCUUCUGUUGUACUUUUUCCUCCUUCUGGUUAUCUUUGUCCUGGAAAUUGCUUCUGGAAUCCUGGCCUACACCAAACGUGACAAGGUGAUUAGCUCUGUUGAGAAAGCCCUGAACCAGUCCAUCAGCCUGGACUACGGACAGUCCAACAAGGAGAAGGCCACAAAAGCCGUCGACAGAGCGCAGUCCAUCUUCAAGUGCUGCGGAGCUACCCAAGGGCCGAAGGACUGGGCAAACACGGCUUGGGCGAAGAGUAAUACGAACCAGACCGUGCCAGAGUCUUGCUGCAAGAAAAAGGCUGCUGGUUGCAAUGGCGCCCCCGCCGACUCUGAUACCUACUAUCAGAAGGGCUGUUCUCAAGGGCUACAAGACUUUAUCAAAAGCCACAUGAAAACAUUGGGUGGAAUUGGGCUCGGAAUCGCAAUCAUUCAGAUUCUUGGCAUGAUCUUCUCCUUGUGCUUGUUCCGUUCUAUUAGAUACGAGAAGAUCUAAUCGGCUCGAUUGAGAGCUAGCGGUUAUCUCGCGGUUGUUUUCGCGGUUUUGUUGCGGUCGUGAUUUGACGGGUACUGGUGCGAGGGUUCGGUCGUUUUGACGUUGGAGUUACAUUAUUUAAAAUCGUAUAGAAUUUAUUAAUUCAUCCUACGUAAUUUAUCUCAUUCCUCAUACGCUUGCACAUCUUGAAGGUGUCUUAAUUCAUUUGUUUUACUUUUCAUGGGAUAAACUGUAAAAAAAGCGAUCGGGAGAAUAUAGAUAUGGAUUUAUAUAAAUAUUAGUUUAUGUGUUUCGUUUGGGUAUUGGUAAGGUAAUAUAAAAUAUUCUUUGAUUGAUAAUACUUUAACAGAAGAAAGUAAUUGUAAGAGAGAUUAUAACGAAGGCAAGUAUAAUGCUUAGGUUAAAAAUAUAUUAAAUCCUGUAAUUAGAUUAAAUUUAUGCAUUUGCUAAAUGUUGGGUUGAAGGAUGAUCACAAUGAACCUCCACUGGCCCACCAAGUAUAUCCAAAGGGCUAGCGGUGGCACCCUGGACCCCUUCAAGCCCCUCCCAUCCCAAUAAUGCGCCCCCCGCCUUUUCAUUCAAAGGAACGUGGAACGUAGUAUUCUAUUCCAUUCUACCUCCAUGGGUAUUCUCAACUCGGCAUUUAGCUAUACUCAACUCGGCUUCUGCUAGGCAAAAUUUUAAUCUAGAAAAUAACGUACGAUACUUCUUGUCACAAAUGUUUGUAAGGUAGAAUUUGACCUUGAUAUGUUUCUGCGGCAGGAGUAGUCGUCUUUGUUUGGUUUGUAGACAGGUCCUGCUUUUACUCUAGAAUCAAAAUUAAACACAUAUUUUGUUC